GUGAACACUUCAAAGAGAAAUUUAUAUCAUUAAGUUAAUUCAAAUAACCCAUUCUACAAGUUCAAGUACUUUGUUUUGAAAAUGCAAUACAAUAAAAGCUUAUACCAUUCAAACGUAACUACAGGAAAAUGAAACGACAAAUUUUAAUUAUAGUGUUUGUGGUACUUUCUUUCGUAUCCUUUGGAUACGGAUAUAAUUUAACCGAAAGCUGUACUAUAAAUGAUUUUAAUAAAGUCGAUAAUAUAGUCAAGAGUUGUAAGAAUAUAGUGGUGGAGAACUUAUUGGUUCCAGCUGGAAAAACUUUAAAUCUCCAUUUGCAAACAGGUAGUACUUUAACCUUUAAAGGAAAAACUACAUUUGGUCUGGGGUACAAUGGGAUGGUCCUUUAAUAUCAAUAAGUGGUCAAGGUAUUCACGUAUAUGGUGCAUCAGGAUCGGUACUCGACGGACAAGGUCCUCAUUAUUGGGACGGUAAAGGAGGUUCUGGCACACGCAAACCCAGAUUUAUUAAAAUCAAUGCUAAUGGGGGUUCCACCUUUCAAGGAAUCCAUUUGUUAAACUGUCCGAUUAACUGUGUGUCACUAUCUGGUUCCAAAGAUACGACGAUUAGUGGUUGGAACAUAGAUUGCUCAGCAGGUGACAAAAACGCCUUAGGCCACAACACCGACGGUUUCGAUAUGUCAAGUGUUGAAAACAUUAGAAUUGAAAACAGUAUAGUAAAAAACCAAGAUGACUGCGUUGCUGUCAACUACGGCAAAAAUCUUCACAUAUCCAAUCUCAACUGCUCAGGAGGUCACGGGUUAAGCUUGUCAGUGGGUAUGAAUAAAAAAGAUCCAUCAGUAAACGUUGUCAGCAACGUUACAUUUACCGAUUGUUCAGUAACACAUUCCAGAAACGGAAUUCAUGUCAAAACCCAUCGUGAUGGAACAACUGGUUAUAUUUCCAAUGUCACCUACAAUAACAUCCAUUUAUUAAGUAUAUCUUACUAUGGUGUAAAUGUUCAACAAGAUUACCAAAACGGAGGUAGUACUGGCCACGCCGGAAAUAAUAUUCAGAUUAAAAACUUAAAUUUGCAUAAUGUUCAAGGUACGAUGACUGGGUCAAAUUCAAUGCCAGUAUAUAUCCUCUGUGGGUCCGGUUCUUGCUCAAAUUUUAUCUGGAAUGGGGUAUCUAUUAGCGGAAACAAAAAACAUAGUUCAUGUAAUUAUCAUCCCAAUGGUUAUACUUGUACCUAAAUGAAUAUAAAAAAAAUAAAAA